AACUCGAUUUAUUCACAUUUCGAUGCGGGGGCGGCUUGCGGGUGAACCGCGAAUAGACUUCGUCGUCCAAUCGGUCCAAUGCGGUGAUGUGGAGCAUCUGCGAAGUUUUCUCACAGUUCGUGGACGUACAUGCGGUGUUUGUGUAGCAGGUUACGCUGCGCUCUCCGCGAAAUGACGUUUGUUGCUAAAUAUUGGCCGCACCGGAGCAAGCAGUAAACCGCCGUGAUAUCCACUGCCGUAGUCUCUCCCUACGUCGAAGACUAGGUACGAGUGUUGGAAUCAUCUGCGACGGUCCGUCCGUCCGUCCGUACGCACGUCGCAUACCGUAGGCACCGUCGUGCGCCGGACUGAACCCUCGCGACUGCGACAGGAACGAGCGAGCGCGGCGGUGAGGUUAGAACGUGCGAAAGUCGAGCUGAAGAAAUCGACGUACGCGCAGCCGAUGCUGACUCCCCGACUCAGUGAAGAAUAUGAACGAUUAUUACCGCAUCAGAUAUGACAUUAAGUGGCAUCAGUAAUCAGAAGUUACAAUGAUUGGUACAGCCUGUACUUUGGAAGAUGCGUGUCGGCAGGCUCAGGAUAUGAUUAAUCUAGCAUCUAGAUGUUGGAAGAAUACCCAAGGUCAGAAUUCAUUGACCUUAACAUCGGAUAAAUCAUUAUCCUCUCAGAAAAAAGAACAGAGUUAUUCCAGGCAUAGUAUCCAAUCCAAACUCACCAGACUCUAUUUUGAAGAACUUUCUAAAGUUCCUCAUGCAACCCCAGAUUCAGUUUUGAACAAUCUUGAGAAUGAGUGUGAUCUUUUGGGGCGGUUAGUGCAAAGGGAAGGUUUAAAUACAUUAAUCGUUAAUCUUUAUGCUGGUAAUAAAGGAUACUCAUUAGCUGUAAGAAAUAGUGAUAAGGGGAAUCAGUAUGAUAAAAAUUCAUUAGCUGAGACUCAACUCAUGGGUUACGAACAGGGUGAGCUACUUUCGUGCAUAGAUAAUGGCCAAUUGCCAGCUAUGCUAGCCGAACAACUGGAAUCUAGUUAUUCACAUUUAUUUUACGACGGCUGCAUAAUUGCUGAAGUUCGAGAUUAUCGAAGAUCAUUUCCUCACAACAGAGCUGAUGUUCAUCAUGUACUUCUUAAACCUACCACACAGAGUGUACUUUCGGACGUAUCGACACUUACGAGUGACGGAGAUUGGAGCCACGAAGAGCGGUUAAUGUUGGAAUCACAUCUAGUGGCAGCUACUCAAGGUCCUCUAUGUCUGGAUCCGAAUCCUAUUCCCACUUUAGCUAGUACAAGAAUUAAGCAGUCUAAAUCAUUGCUUACUGAUCAUCAACUCAUGCGACAAGCUAAAAAAUUCUCUCAGGUCACAGUAAAUCGUAAAAGAAAAUUAGAACAGUUGGCUCAACCAGAAGGACAAACAAUACAUGACUUAAUAUUGAAAUUCCGAAAGUCCGAAAAUACAAAAAGAAGAGUAUUAGCAACCAAUACUGCCUGUCCACCGCCUUCUCUUACAAACCCUCCUCUGCUUCCACCGUCUACAGCAAUCGAAGCUUUAAGAUUCGCGAAAGUAUACGAACGGCCACGAGAAUCAAAAGACUGUUCGCCGCAAGUUGUAGAAGAAUAUAUAUUAGAACCUGCGGAAAGUCAGGAUUAUAUAAAGCUCUCGAUCCUGCAAAGACCCGCUACUUCCGAGUACCUGGGAGAACUUUAUAUGGACAAAAAUCAUCAGGAUGGAGAGAGGAAUGGUUCUUCUUGCCGAUUUCCAUUGGGUACCAGAGCUGUAGUUAAUCACUACUAUCAGCAAUUUAAAGAAAUAUUUACCGAAGAAGGUAGGAAAAAUGUAAGAAUAAAACAUAUUGUACCAGGACAGGCUCCUCGUAUUGCAUGUACACCAGGCAUGCAGCGAGCCCAUCAACAGGCGCAACAAGCAAAAGCGGCGCAAUUAGCUCAACAGUUGCAACAAGUUCAAUCUCAACACUCUCAACAUGUAGCACAACAGCAAAUCCGCGCGUCAUUUCAGAUUUUAUCACGGGCUCAAGGGCAACUAACUAAUUUGGCCAGUCAAGUAGCCUCGAUGAAGGCUAUGACAGAAGCUUCUACCUCUGCACAAAAUAAUCUUACGUGCGUGGACUCGGCAAAUAUGCCACAAGUUAUUCCACAGAAUGACGUUACCACAUUGAGUUCAGCGCAAUCUUUAGCCAAUGGUGGCCCUAAUGCGUCGACCUCCGUGCAAAUUGAUAACUCUGCGAUGGCAGUAGCAGAUAACACUUGUAAUGGUUCUGGUAUUCUGGUCUUUCAGAAGUCGGCUGGUACUAUUAAUAACGUGGCAUCCACCAAUGUUCCAGUUUUGCAAGCGCAAUUACAGGCGGGAACACAGAACUGCAUAGGUGAAACUGCCAAUCAGAGUCAAAGCGAGCCGCCGUUUAAGAAACAUUCAAAUAAUCCAGCAAUAAAUGCUCUUGUUACUUCCCUCAUGAAUUCCGCACAGCAAUUCCAACAACAAGCUGCAGCCAAUGCUGCAGCUGCAGCUAUGAAUAACAAUACACAAGCUACAAACAAGUCCAACAAUGCCGCGAUCCUUAGUUUAUUAAAUAGUACUCCUGCGAAUAUAGCUCAACGUAAGGUUCAAUCCCAAAGGAUCUCUCUUAAUGCUUCCAUACCACCUAGAGUUAUCAGUCAUGGCAAUGUGAUUAACGUGCCCAACACCACUGGUCAAGUACGCGUGAGUUUAAGCUCCUCUGCUUUAACGGGACAAUUAAGUUGCAAGCAACAACCAGUGAAAGCAACUGCUGUAAGACUCGCGCGAGUCCAGGAUCCUACAUCUACUCUUGGGUUAUCAAUGCCGGGACUUUCGGCUUUGCUUGCUGGCACGCCGUCGGCUGACAAUCCAAUACCCGGAAUGAAUUCAACUUCAUCACUGCUUGAACGACUUACCGCUUCUUCCAAUCAAAGUAGCCAACCAGCGAGUCCAAUGACCAACCCGUCUCCAACUAACGUGAAUCUACAAGGCGUGAACCUCACUAGUCUGCCGAAUUCCAUCAAUGGUCUACAAAACGUUCAGGUAUCGUUCCCAGGCUUAUCGCAACCUAUUACGAUGUCGUUGAAUGUGUCUCCAACUACUGGUGGAACCGUCACACCUACUGGGGUUAUUGUUUCUCUUCCUAUAUCGUCUGCCACAAAUACUUGUACGACAGUAUCAAGUAUGGUAGCCGCAACUGUUGUUACAACAGCUAUCGCUGGGAGUACGCCAACGGUAGUAAUCGCUAAUCCUGCCAAUGUCAAUGCGCACUUGUCUUUACCAAUCGCCCAAUUAAUACCAUCUGGAGUGAAAGGAUUGUCGCAGCAAAAUAGGAGUAAUAACGCAGUGGCUCUUGCACAGGGAGGACAAGCAAUCCAACUUAUUGGAUCUCAAAGACAACGAUUUAAUCAUAUGACUCGUCAAGUACAAUCGAAUCAAGUUAAAUCGGCUGUCUUAUCGAAUCAAUUGGUAACAGUUGCCAAAACUGUAACGGCCAGUCAGCUGAUAUUGUCUGGUAAUAAACAAGUAUUAACUCCUAUAAUGGCCGCGACGAAACCUGUGCUUAUGGCGUCACAGACGACGCCUUCUUCCCAAGUAGUACCUGUUAAUAAACAAACUCUAUUGACAAAAUCCUUGCAUGCUAGGGCUUCUACCGGUCAAUGCAGUCAACAGACACAAAGUCUCGGGGUGACUACUUUAUCACAACAACAACUUCAGCAGUUACUAGCUGCACAGCAUAAAGUUGCCGUCGCGACGGGAAGUUCUCAAAAUAGGACGCAAAUUGAAGCUCAGAGAAAUUCUACGUCUGCCCCAGGGGAAGACCCCGCCUGAAUAUGUUCAAAUAAAUGAUAACGAUCAUGUUACGUCGAAAUAAUUGAAGCCCGCCCCUGAAAGAAAUGUAAAGAGGCAUUUGUAUAUUACAUCAUGAUUAUCAAUGAGAUUGAUUUA